ACGGCAUACGAUUUAUAGAGCCUCGAACCAGCCGCUCUGGAUCGACGCCGGCGCCGGUGGCGGCCGCGUGCUCAGGGCCGCCGGCGCGCUGGGCGCGAGCUAUAGCAAGCUGCUGGGCCGGAUCGUCAUCGACAACGGCGACUUCAAGACGGGCCAGAUCACCUUCACCGACGCCAACUCCCGCCGGACCCUGUAGAAUGCCGCGCGGCAGGGGAGUUCGUGGAGCGAGGUGUUCAGCCAGACGGACAAGAGCUAUGUGUAUUUCCCCAUGGUUGCAGUCGUGGUGUGAUAGGGACUUGGCCGCAGAAGUACUAUUGCGUUUUUGGCAGCGUUGGAGGUCAAGCAUAGUAGCGGUUCUGUUCAUCAUUGUCAUGUAGACGAUAAUACCG